AAAUUCCCUUUCUCUUCUCCUUCCUUUGUUCUUCUGCUUCCCUUUCUUUCCCAGAAAUUUCUCUUCUUCUCCUUCUACAAAGACCCUGAACCUGUUUCAUGGGUGCAAGAACCAACGAUUCAGAGGCCAUCAAAUAACAAAUACGGAGGAGAAGAGAUGAGAGAAUGAAAAAACCUAAUCGAACCAAGCCAAACCCACCAUCAAUCAAGCUCCACUAUUGAGUCAUGAGACCGGUUCUACCCCCACCACCCAGCUCCACCACGAAUCGCCCUCGGCGGAGGCCAGACCUGACCCUUCCUCUCCCUCAACGCGACCCAUCUUUUGCUGUGCCUCUUCCUCUCCCUCCCGGCCCCAACUCGGCCCCUUCAUCCUCCACCCAACAGAACCAGAACCCCCAACAUCCCCCCGUCAGCUUUUCUGAGCUCGACAGAGUCCACCGAAUCGGCUGCGGCAGCGGCGGCACCGUUUACAAGGUACGACACCGACGCACCGGUAGGUUCUACGCCCUCAAGGUGAUCUACGGAACCCACGAUGAUGGCGUUCGUCGCCAGAUCUGUCGAGAAAUCGAGAUCCUCCGCAACGUUGACGACCCCAACGUCGUCAGGUGCCAUGACAUGUUCGACCACGCCGGCGAGAUCCAGGUCCUCCUAGAGUACAUGGACGGUGGAUCUCUUGAGGGGACCCACAUCCCCCAGGAACCAGCUCUUGCCGAUCUUGCCCGCCAGAUCCUCUCCGGCCUUGCGUACUUACACCGUCGCAAGAUCGUGCAUCGUGAUAUCAAGCCGUCGAAUCUGCUCAUCAACGGCCGCCGGCAGGUCAAGAUCGCUGAUUUCGGGGUCAGCCGAAUCCUAGCCCAAACCAUGGAUCCGUGCAAUUCGUCGGUCGGGACCAUCGCUUACAUGAGUCCGGAACGGAUCAACACCGACCUCAAUCAUGGUAUCUACGAUGGUUACGCCGGAGACAUUUGGAGUUUUGGUGUUAGCAUAUUGGAGUUCUACAUGGGUCGGUUCCCAUUUACCGUCAAUCGGAAUGGCGACUGGGCUAGCUUGAUGGUGGCAAUUUGCAUAUCCCCGCCACCGGAGGCGCCGCACACGGCGUCGAAAGAGUUUCGCGACUUCAUGUCAUGUUGCCUGCAAAAAGAUCCGGCGAUGAGACGGACGGCUGCCCAAUUGCUACGUCACCCUUUUAUAACUCAGAACAACAGCAACAACAACAAUAACAACGGCGGAAGCAGCAGCGGAAAUCGUCAUGGUCAAAGCCAGGUGCAUCAACACCACCAACUUCUCCCUCCACUGCAACAUCAACCUCCUCCACUUCAACAUCACCCUCCUCCACUUCAACACCAACCUUCUUCAUCCUCAUCUCAUGGCUGAUAUACUUAUUUCAAUUUUCCUUGUUAUGAUCUAGACUUCGAUUUCUAUUUCUGAAGAAAUGGAGAGAGUUUCAGUUUCUAUCAAUCAAUCAAUUUUCCUUGUUUGAUUAUAGACCCAACUUAAGUUUUUUCUUCAGCCAGCGAUUAGAGAUGGGGAUUAGUUUUCUUUUUCUCUGUUUUUUUUUCUUUAAAAAUCUUUUUUUCUCUUCUGGGUAUCUGAGGAUCGAGGYGGCUGACCGGAUUUUAACCGGAGACCCAAUUAAUGGGGCGGCUUUGUGUUGUAAUUUAUAUGGGCCAGUCUCUAUAUCACAGUGGAUGUAACAGGAGGAAGAAGGAAGAAAACGGAAAAUUAUGACCUUUUUCCUCCCCUGUUUUGAUCUUUUUAUUCUUUGUAAAAGGAUGUUGGAAAUGGGUUCAGAGUUCAACUCUUUCUUUGUAUGGCUAGUUUGAAAUUGAAUUGUGGAUUUUUCACCCCUUUUCAACUGAA